AUGGAUGUUAUUAGUGUUGUAAUAGAACUUGCAAAACAAAUUGUCACAACUAUUCGAUCAGCUGAUGCGGAAACUAAAGAAAGAAUUCAAAAAUUGAUGAAGCAUAGAACACUGCGUGAUGUUGAUGUUUUACAAACCGUGAUGGAGCGAGUGGUUAAUUCGAACAACAAGCAACUGAAAAUUGAUUUUGCGAGACACAAGAUUCCUGAGAGACUUCAGAAAGUGGUUUCACUUUUGACUAUCCGACAUGAUCACAAUUUUAAUACAGCAGAAAGCACAUCAAAAAGCUUAUCUUACUAUGUCCACCCGUGCUCCUUAAACAGUUCGGGCCCUGAAUACAAUCUAUUCAGUUGCUUGAGAUACAAGAGUAAAUGGACACUAAAACUAAAAGCUGGUUGUGCUGCCGGAGCAGUUGCGGGAGUUUUGGUACCUGGAGUUGCACCAGUGGCUGGAGAAGUUUUCGUCAAAGUUCGCAAUCAUUUGAUGGAAAUGGAAGAAAGAUUGAAGUUUGUAGUUGAAGAAAUUGAGAGUAUUUAUGAUCAAGCUCAUAUUCUGAUGACAGCUAAUAAUCUUAACUCAGAAUCGUACUCGUUAUGGAUUUAAUUUUCUCUUAAUUUCUGCAUUUUUGUGCUGCUCAUUGCGAGUUUAAACUUAUUCGUUUUGAUUUUCCACUGUAUAAAAUGAAAUGUGAACUUAAA